AUGGCGGCGGAGCGGGGAGCCCGGCGACUCCUCAGCACCUCCUCCUUCUGGCUCUGCUGCCUGCUGCUGCUUGGGCGUCCGGCGCCCACCGCGGCCGCCAGGAGCGGCUCCCCGCCGCAGUCCCCAGGAUCCAGCAUUCGAACAUUCACUCCAUUUUAUUUUCUGGUGGAACCAGUGGAUACACUCUCAGUUAGAGGCUCUUCUGUUAUAUUGAACUGUUCAGCAUAUUCUGAACCUUCUCCAAAGAUUGAAUGGAAGAAAGAUGGAACUUUUUUAAACUUAGUAUCAGAUGACCGACGCCAGCUUCUCUCAGAUGGGUCUUUAUUUAUCAGCAAUGUGGUGCAUUCCAAACACAAUAAACCUGAUGAAGGUUAUUAUCAGUGUGUGGCCACUGUUGAGAGUCUUGGAACUAUUGUCAGCAGAACAGCCAAGCUCACAGUAGCAGGUCUUCCAAGAUUUGCCAGCCAACCAGAACCUUCUUCAGUUUAUGCUGGGAACAGUGCAGUUCUGAAUUGUGAAGUUAAUGUAGAUUUGGUCCCAUUUGUGAGGUGGGAACAGAACAGACGGCCUCUUCUUCUGGAUGAUAGGGUUAUCAAACUUCCAAGUGGAACGCUGGUUAUCAGCAACGCUACUGAUGGAGAUGGGGGACUUUAUCGCUGUAUAGUUGAAAGUGGUGGGCCUCCAAAGUAUAGCGAUGAAGCUGAAUUGAAAGUUCUUCCAGAUCCUGAGUUCACUUCAAACUUGGUAUUUUUGAAACAACCUUCUUCCUUAGUCAGAGUCAUUGGUCAGAGUGUGGUGUUACCGUGUGUUGCUUCGGGACUUCCUACUCCAACCAUUAGAUGGAUGAAAAAUGAGGAGGCACUGGACACAGAAAGCUCUGAAAAACUGGUGCUGCUGGCAGGUGGUAGUCUGGAGAUCAGUGAUGUUACUGAGGAUGAUGCGGGGACUUAUUUUUGUAUCGCUGAUAAUGGAAAUGAAACAAUUGAAGCUCAAGCAGAGCUUACAGUACAAGCCCAACCCGAAUUCCUGAAACAGCCUACUAAUAUAUAUGCUCAUGAAUCAAUGGAUAUUGUAUUUGAAUGUGAAGUGACUGGGAAACCAACUCCAACUGUGAAGUGGGUGAAGAAUGGGGAUAUGGUUAUCCCAAGUGAUUACUUUAAGAUUGUAAAGGAACAUAAUCUUCAAGUUUUGGGGCUGGUGAAAUCAGAUGAAGGGUUCUAUCAAUGCAUUGCUGAGAAUGAUGUUGGAAAUGCACAAGCUGGAGCCCAACUGAUAAUCCUUGAACAUGCACCAGCCACAACAGGACCACUGCCUUCAGCUCCUCGGGAUGUCGUGGCCUCCCUGGUCUCUACCCGCUUCAUCAAAUUGACGUGGCGCACACCUGCAUCAGAGCCUCAUGGAGACAACCUUACCUACUCUGUCUUCUACACCAAGGAGGGGAUUGCUAGGGAACGUGUUGAGAACACCAGUCGCGCAGGAGAAAUGCAGGUGACCAUUCAAAACCUGAUGCCGGCGACUGUGUACAUCUUUAGAGUUACGGCUCAAAAUAAGCAUGGCUCCGGAGAGAGUUCAGCUCCGCUCCGAGUAGAAACACAGCCCGAGGUUCAGCUCCCUGGCCCAGCACCUAACAUCCGGGCAUACGCAGCUUCACCGACUUCUAUCACUGUCAGUUGGGAAACACCAUUGUCUGGCAAUGGGGAAAUUCAGAAUUACAAAUUGUACUACAUGGAAAAAGGGACUGAUAAAGAACAGGAUGUUGACGUUUCAAGUCACUCCCAUACCAUUAAUGGGUUGAAAAAAUACACGGAGUAUAGUUUCCGAGUGGUGGCUUACAACCGACAUGGUCCAGGAGUGUCCACAGAGGAUGUGGCUGUUCGGACGCUGUCAGACGUUCCCAGUGCUGCUCCUCAGAAUCUGUCCUUAGAAGUAAGAAAUUCAAAGAGUAUUGUGAUUCACUGGCAACCCCCUCCUCCAGCCACACAAAAUGGCCAGAUUACUGGCUACAAGAUUCGCUACCGGAAGGCCUCCCGAAAGAGUGAUGUCACCGAGACCUUGGUACCUGGGACACAGUCGUCUCAACUGAUUGAAGGUCUCGAUCGGGGGACUGAGUAUAAUUUCCGAGUGGCUGCUUUAACAGUCAACGGUACUGGCCCGGCUACUGACUGGCUGUCUGCUGAAACUUUUGAAAGUGACUUAGAUGAAACUCGUGUUCCUGAAGUGCCUAGUUCUCUUCACGUCCGGCCGCUGGUCACUAGUAUUGUAGUAAGCUGGACUCCUCCAGAGAAUCAGAACAUUGUGGUCAGAGGUUACGCCAUCGGCUAUGGCAUUGGCAGCCCUCAUGCCCAGACCAUCAAAGUGGACUAUAAACAGCGCUACUAUACCAUCGAAAAUCUGGAUCCCAGCUCUCACUACGUGAUAACCCUGAAAGCCUUUAACAAUGUGGGUGAGGGCAUCCCCCUGUACGAGAGUGCUGUGACCAGACCUCACACAGACACUUCUGAAGUUGAUUUAUUUGUUAUUAAUGCUCCAUACACUCCAGUGCCAGAUCCCACUCCCAUGAUGCCCCCUGUGGGAGUUCAGGCUUCCAUUCUGAGUCAUGACACCAUAAGGAUCACAUGGGCGGACAAUUCACUGCCCAAACACCAGAAGAUCACAGAUUCCCGGUACUACACAGUCCGAUGGAAAACCAACAUCCCAGCGAACACCAAGUACAAGAAUGCAAAUGCAACCACUUUAAGUUACUUGGUGACUGGUUUAAAAGCAAAUACACUGUAUGAAUUCUCUGUGAUGGUGACCAGAGGUCGAAGAUCAAGCACAUGGAGUAUGACAGCCCAUGGGACCACCUUUGAGUAUGUUCCUACUUCUCCACCCAAGGAUGUGACAGUUGUGAGUAAAGAGGGAAAACCCAGGACCAUAAUUGUAAAUUGGCAACCUCCCUCAGAAGCCAAUGGCAAAAUUACAGGUUACAUCAUAUAUUAUAGUACGGAUGUGAAUGCAGAGUUACACGACUGGGUUAUUGAGCCUGUUGUGGGAAACAGGCUGACUCACCAGAUACAAGAGUUAACACUUGACACACCAUAUUACUUCAAAAUCCAAGCUCGAAACUCAAAGGGCAUGGGGCCCAUGUCUGAAGCUGUCCAGUUCAGAACACCUAAAGCGGACUCCUCUGAUAAAAUGCCUAAUGAUCAAGCCUCAGGGUCUGCAGGAAAAGGAAGCCGGCUGCCAGACCUAGGAUCCGACUACAAACCUCCAAUGAGCGGUAGUAACAGCCCACAUGGAAGCCCCACCUCUCCCUUGGACAGUAGCAUGCUGCUGGUCAUCAUUGUUUCUGUCGGCGUUGUCACCAUUGUGGUGGUUGUGGUCAUUGCUGUCUUUUGCACCAGGCGCACCACCUCUCACCAGAAAAAGAAACGAGCUGCUUGCAAAUCAGUGAACGGCUCCCACAAGUACAAAGGGAACUCCAAAGAUGUCAAACCCCCGGACCUCUGGAUCCAUCAUGAGAGACUGGAGCUGAAACCCAUCGAUAAGUCUCCAGACCCAAACCCUAUCAUGACUGAUACUCCAAUUCCUCGUAACUCUCAAGAUAUCACACCAGUUGACAAUUCCAUGGACAGCAACAUCCAUCAAAGGCGGAAUUCUUACAGAGGGCAUGAAUCAGAGGACAGCAUGUCUACACUGGCUGGAAGGCGGGGAAUGAGACCAAAAAUGAUGAUGCCCUUUGACUCCCAGCCACCCCAGCCUGUGAUUAGUGCCCAUCCCAUCCAUCCCCUCGAUAACCCUCACCAUCAUUUCCACUCCAGCAGCCUCGCUUCUCCAGCUCGCAGUCAUCUCUACCACCCGGGCAGCCCGUGGCCCGUUGGCACAUCCCUGUCCCUUUCAGACAGGGCCAAUUCCACAGAGUCCGUUCGAAAUACCCCCAGCACUGACACCAUGCCAGCCUCCUCGUCUCAAACAUGCUGUACUGAUCACCAGGACCCUGAAGGUGCUACCAGUUCCUCUUACUUGGCAAGCUCCCAAGAGGAAGAUUCAGGCCAGAGUCUUCCUACAGCCCACGUGCGCCCUUCCCACCCAUUGAAGAGCUUUGCUGUGCCGGCAAUCCCACCCCCAGGCCCUCCCACCUAUGAUCCCGCGCUGCCAAGCACACCGUUACUAUCCCAGCAAGCUCUGAACCAUCACAUUCACUCGGUGAAGACGGCCUCCAUUGGGACUUUAGGAAGGAGCCGGCCUCCGAUGCCAGUGGUGGUGCCCAGUGCCCCUGACGUGCAGGAGACCACAAGGAUGCUGGAGGACUCUGAGAGUAGCCAUGAGCCAGAUGAGCUGACCAAAGAGAUGGCGCACCUGGAAGGGCUCAUGAAGGACCUGCACGCCAUCACGACAGCCUGAGACCCCGCCCGACUGCACACCUGGGCCGAGAAGUCGUGGUUCAGAGCCUGGAAAGCAAGGAUUGUACAGAGCACGUGAGGCCAGCACUUAAGAACACAGAGCGAGCGGGCAGACCAGCCGGCGCCCCUGCGUGGGGCCGGCUCCAGGCACGGCCACCUGCCUUCUCCUGGUCAGCCUGGAAGAAGCCCGUGUCAAGGCGGCUUCCCUUUGCCUGCUGAUACCCUGCAGGACUGGGCACCAUGGGCCAAAAUUUUGUGUCCGGGGAAGAGGCAAGAAGCGCACCGUACAUUUCAUUUUGUGGUCAGGCUGUGUCUUCGUACUGCAGCCGCGUCGCCUUCAUGGAGUGUAGACAUUGGCAUUCACGUACAGUUUUAUUUGUGUCCUAUUUUAUUUUACCUUCGAAAGAAAAACACUAUCAAAAACCAAGGGAGUCCAUGGUGUUCUCCACAAGUGGUUGACAUUUGACUGCUUGUCUGAAUUACGUAUGGAAAGUCAUUGACAAUGUGGGUUGUUCCAGGGGUUGGCUUGUUUUUUGUUCUUAUUUUUGAAUUCCGAGUCAUUGCAUCCUCUACCAGCUGUUAAUCCAUCACUUUGAGGGAGGGAGGAAAUGUUGCAUUGCUGUUUGUAAGCUUUUUUAUUAUUUUUUAUUAUAAUUAUUAAAGGCCUGACUUUUCUCCUC